AUGAAAAUUCUUUUAGAUAUAAGUGAGAUAAAGAUAGAAAUUACAAAUCAAGAAUCUGAAAAUAAUUUUCUAAAUAAUGAGGUUGCAAAAAUUAUUGUAGAUUUGUUAUCAAAUAAUAAUCUUGAAGCUUCUAAAAUAGCCCA